AUACACACCGUGAAAACAUCUGAAUCCACGUAGCCCGUUAGUUCUAGACGACUAGAUACAUACACGUGAUACAUCGAAAUAAUACAUCGAAGUAAUAUACUGAGCUGAUCCACUGAGCUAAUACAUUGAAAUAAUACGUUGAGCCGAUCUACCGAGCCAAUACAUUGCGCUAAUACAUUGAAAUAGUACACUGAGCUAAUAGCUUGUCAUAAUACAUUGACGUAAACACACACAUAUAUAUCCACACACACACACACCCAUGGGAAAAGCAGUAUCCAAAUUAUCCAAAGACGAACUCAAAUCGCUCCGACAAGCAACCUAUUUCGACAAGCGAGAAUUACAACAAUGGUACAAAGGGUUCCUCAGGGACUGUCCCCUGGGUCAGCUCUCUGAAGAAGAAUUCGUCAAAGUUUACAAGCAAUUCUUCCCCUUUGGCGACCCCACCGACUACUGCCACUACUUGUUCCGCGUGUUCGACAUGGACAACUCUAAAUACAUUGAUUUCAAAGAGUUUAUCAUCGCCUUGAGCAUAACUAGCCGAGGCACUGAGGAGCAGAAAUUGAACUGGACUUUCAAGUUGUACGACUACAAGAAGGCAGGAAGUAUAAGUUACAACGACUUGUUGCCCAUCAUCGAGGCAAUAUACAAGAUGAUUGGACCUAUGGUGGCCUUGCCCGAUGACGAAAAGACCCCCGAGGCCCGCACGGAAAAGUUCUUUACGUUGUUGGGGAAAUCUAAACUGGACACGAUAAACUUGUCCGAGUUCAAACAGUUGCUGAGAUUGGACCCGUCGAUAUUGAAUUCGCUAAACAGCUACGAAGGGUUGGUAUAGGUCAUAGGUUUUAUAGCUACAAUUACAUUAUAUAACUUACAUAAAAUACACAAAUUAUUAUUGCUGUCCCUCAACAGCUUCAAGUAAACCAUCCAAGAGCUCAUCCACUUCGUUAAUAUCAACUCCAGUACAAAUGCUAACCACCUUCUUGAACUUGGAAGUGAGUUCGUUGUAAUCAACCAACGCAGCCAAUUCCUGCUCCAACUUUUCAUUCACUUGUUUAUAAGCAUUGACUCGUGCUUUAAGAAUAGGCGUUUCCAAUUGACUGAGAAGCUCAGGAUUGUCCCUUAAAUCGUCAACCGGUUCAUUAUUGAGUAGUCUAUCAUACAAGGGUUUUAUUAUAAAUGGCUCUUCGGCAUUGUACUCGUGGUCUUCAUUGUCUUCGGGAAGUUCCUGUUUGGCAACAGCCAAUUUAUCAGUGAUGUUGGCAAUUUGUAACUUUAAAUUAUCCAAUUGCACAAGCUUGCUCUUGAUUUUCUUGGUGAUGAAUUUAUUAUUGGCAGUGAUGAUAGUGGCGUCAUGGAGCACUUUAUCCAACGUCUUUAUUUGUUCCCGUUUUGAAUUCAAAAUGGUUUCAUACUCUGUGUUGGUGUUGCUCAACAAUUGCUGAAUGCUCUGAAAUAUCUUAGCUGAGGAAUUGCCUGGCUCUUCCUUUAUGGUGGUGGUGGUGGUGGUGGUUGGCUGUUCCAACUCGGGCAAACUAGAAUUUAUUUCUAAUCGUUUAUUCAAGAAUUCAAUGGCGGUUCGAAUCAAUUCGAAAACCUGCCCAUCUUCUACAUCCUCACUGUCCUUGACCAACUCCUUGACAAUCUCAAAAUCAGAUGGGGAAACGCCUAGUUUAUUGGCGAGAGUAAUAUCGGCGCCGAGCUCAAGUAACAAUUUGAUAAACCACUUGUUUUCCUUCUCAACAGCAACAUGCAAUGCUGUGUUUCCCUCUACAUCCUGGGCAUUCACGAUAUUCUUUCUAAAGUCAAACAAGUGCUUGUCAUUAUGAAUCAAGUAUUCAAUAAUCUUCUUGGUGUAGAACUUGCUACUUUCGGCUUUCUUAUCUAGCUGGGCCGUCAAGUGGUGCAACACGGAACAUUUAUUGUUAUCAAACAACCAAAUGUCAGGAUAGAGCUUGGUUAACAACUCGCUGAAAUUGCCCUUUUCCAUAGAGUUUGUCACUUGGAUGGUGCUGAUCAAGGGUGAUUCACCAAGACUGUUUCCGCGAAUGGGUGAGUUUAUGCCAAGUUCAAUAAAAGCAGUGACUAAAUUGACCGAUGCAAGGGUUGCAGCGAAAUGCAAACUCGUUUGUCCCUUGGGAUCCAAUUGAACGUCUGAUAUUUCAUCAGGACUAGACUUCGAUAAUAUGGGCUCAAGGGUGUUUUUCACAUCUUGGACUGUGAGCUCC